AUGUUUGUGUCUGCACCGUCGGUGCCGCCGCAGCGUAGUCGCGCGCUUUCCACACCUGGCAAGACUAGCUCAUCAAGCCAUGGUGUGACUGGUGAUGUUUCUCGCUCCUUGUCGCGUUCAGCGUCCUGGACUCAGGAAUCUAUGUGUCACACGCCUUCGUCCAUCACCUCGACACCUGCACAAGAAGGUCCGAUCCGUGCAUAUGCGAAGCUCGAGUUUCCCGGCUUCUCGUACUAUAUCCAAACGCUUCAAGUCACGAUCGGUCGACGACCUCAAGGCGUGCCACCCCGACCACCACAUUUGCCGUCUCCAAGCGGGUCAGCUGCUUCUUCUGCGCUUCCCGCUCCCUGGUUUACGCCGAAAGAUGUUGAUGUGGAUUUGGGUCCACUCAAGUCCAUUUCACGUUUGCACGCGCGCAUCUUUUACUCGGCUCAGCCAGAAUUCAUUCGUGCACCGCUGUACGCGCCGACAUCUGUCUUGCACCAUCAAGUUCCUGCGACGCCUGCCACAACUUCGAAGAAUUUAGGGACGCAUUCCGGCGCACCUGUUGCGAAUAAUGCUAACGCCGGUGCUGACGCUGACGUAGCGGCUGACGACGACCAGUCCGACUCUGCAUUGGCGGCUACAUCACCGUCGUCAGAUAGUAUGCCUAGAUCCGAGGGUCGCUUCAUGCUCGAAGUACUUGGACGAAAUGGCGCUUUUGUUGACGAUGUUUGGGUCAGUGUACAUGGCGUUGUCCCACUUGGUCAGCGGACCAAGAUCCAGAUUGCUGAGCGUGUGUUUUAUUUUGUAUUGCCACCACCCAUUAGCUCUAUGGACAAUGCUGCUUUGGAUGAAGGCACAGCUCUAUCAGGCGAAGAUGAAGCUCAUGACGAAGAUAAUGAUGAUGGCGUGGCUUUGUCGUCUGAGCUCUCCGACAUGGAUACGGAUGCAGGUGCAAACAUGGUUGACUCAACGGGAGCGCACGCCAAGACUGAGACUGGCAGCAUAUCUGCAGACCUCGAGGAAGAGAGACUACGUUGCAGUCCGACUACAUUGAACUCAACGGAUGCACCACGGCCACCAAAGUUUGUUUUGAAACCACGCACAAAGGUGACUUCGACGGCUGUGAAACGACUUCGUGAUGAUGAUGAUGAUGAUGAUGAGGCCUCGGAUGAUGCCAAACGCGCACGACCUGCCUCCGGCACAGUCUUACACGACAAAGCAAAGGGUAAGGGCAAGGGUAAGAUCAAAGAGAAAGAAAGCGACAAGGACCAAGUGAAGGAAAAGAACAAAGCAUCGACAAAGGGUAAAGGUAAAGGUAAAGGCAAGGGUACAGGCAAAGGAGCUAAGAGUAUAAAACUCGAAGACUCGAUAUCCAGCGGAGAUGAUAAUGUGAUCCCUGUGGAUGAUGAUGACGAUGAUGAAGCGCCACUAUCCCUACAUAAGUCCUCCCCUGCUACAGCGAACUCGUCUAUGCCAGUGUUCCAAAAACCUGAUCUCUCUAAUGUACAGCUUAUUACGAAUGCCCUGUCAUCCGAGUCAUGUUCCAGAAAAGGACACAAACUCACACUGCAAGAAGUAAAUGAAUGGCUUCAAAAUACGUAUCCAUGGUUCAGUCAAAAUGGCCGAAAAACGGGCCGUGACUGGCAGAGUUCUAUUCGUCACACCAUCAGCUCAAGCCGUGAAUUCGUAAAAAUCCCCCGUCGCCCUGACGAGCCUGGAAAAGGUAUUUUUUACACGCUCAGUGGAAGUGAACUAGCCAAAGCUCAUGUGGCUGUACGCCCAGAGCCUUCAUCGGCGCAUGCCGACGAUACCACCUCGGCUCACACAACGGCCAGUUCAGACCUUAAGCCGCCGUCUUUGUCAUCGGUCGUCACAACUGUCCCAUCCACUUCGACUUCGUCAUCUUCGUCUAACCGUUCGUCUGCUUUGCUAUCAACAAGAAAUCUGUCCACUUCUCCCUCUGUCAAUGCCAGUCCAGCGACACUCUCCGUACCCACAGUGGCCCCGACAUCUGCUUCGUCUGCUGCACCCUCAGCACCACCCGCAUCUUCGACUCUUUCUUCGGCUGCUCAGCACCAGACGCACCCACCGCAUCCAUCCGAUACCAAGCGGGUCAUGCCGCGCAUUCCUCUAGUCGUUGGCGUGCCGCCUCAGACGGAGUCCAGUGCAUCUCGUGCACACUCAACCCCAGGCUCGCUCGAGUCUUUGCUUGAAACCCCGCCGAUCGCUCACCACCAAGGCAAGUUGUACUUGAGUCCCUCGGUGUUCGGGCAUCUUACACGUGAGCAACUUGAUCAUAUUGAAGGACUCGGUGCUCAGCAGGCAUUGCAAAUUUUACAAACUUACUUGGUCACGCAUCUCAAGGCCAAAAUGCGCAAGGCUUCAUCUUCGCCUGGUGUAGCGCCCACAACUGCUUCGGCUCGUUCGCCUACGCCGUCAUCGAUGCCGUCCUCUAUGGAGUCAUCAGCAUCUACAUCGGCAGCAGUCGCGUCGUCAUUAGCAGCGACAAGCAGACCCGCUGUGUCUCCGGCACCUUCGUCCACACCCACAUUAGGUUCAUCCUCCGCUACGAUGCCUUCCCAGACUUUAGCCCCUAAUCAUGCACCUCGGGCCACCGCAGGGACUCUCCCAACGUCUGCAUCGACGCCGACAGCUGCGCCCUUUACGACAUCAUCCUUUGCACAACGACUCGAAGCCCCGAAAGUGCCCCGUAUUCCCGUGGCAACCAAGUCAGAGACAUCCAUUCCACCUAGCGCUUCGUUUCAAACGACGUCCCAACCAUCCCAAGCCACGACAUCCGAAAUGGCUCCCUUACCCACGUCAACUCCCCAUAUACCCAAGCCUGCCGACAAGCAGAGCGAUCCAUUAUCUGCCAUCUCGGCCCUUGCAGCACAUCCUGAGGCAGCAGGACUCAUUACGCUCCUUAAGAAGCAACAGGCUGGUGGUCAUGGCACGGUCAAGCUGACGGCCGGACAACUUGAGCUUCUACAGUUAGCGAAUCGCUUGGCUAUGCAGCGUAAAAAGAAGCCAGGCGCAAGUCCUUCCUCAGCAGGCUCAUCCGCUUCAGGACCCUCAGCGCCUGCACCUCCUGACCAGAUCGAGCAGCCUCAGCAACACCAACAACCAUCGCGACCUGCCAACUAG